AUGGAUGAAAUCUAUAUUAAUGUUGAAUAUGAUAAGCCUGUUAAACCGAGACCCUCGACAAAUCAGACAGGUCCCAGGAGCUCCGGGAGGGGAUUUCAUGGAGCUGUUCUGUGUCUGGGGCUGCUGAGUGUUUUCCUGCUGGCUGGGAUCAUCGGCCUCAGUGUCCACUACCAUGAGACAUUACGUGGAUCAGCUGCAGAGCUCUCCACUAUCAAGACCAACCUGACUGAGUGUCUCCAGGCCAGUGAGAACAAGUCUUCUUCCCUCACUGAAGAGAGAGAGCGGCUGAACUCCAGGCUCACUGAAAUGGCUGAAGACUUGGACAGGCUUCAAAAGAAGAAAACGUGUCCAGCUGAAUGGAGGAUGUUCGGUUCUUCCUGUUAUCUCCUCUCUGCUGAGUCUGGUUCCUGGGAGAAAGGCAGACAAGACUGCAGAGACCGAGGAGCAGAUCUGGUGGUGAUAGAAAGCUCUGAAGAGCAGAUGUUUCUCUCUGAGUUCAUACAAAAAAAUACUUGGUGUUGGAUUGGUUUGACUGACAGAGAUGAGGAGGGGACCUGGAAAUGGGUAGAUGGAACUCCACUGACUCUGAAGAACUGGAGGAGAGCGCAGCCUGAUAAUGGCGGUGGACAUUCACAGUUUGCCGAAGAGGACUGUGCACAUGUUGGACCUACCACCACUGAGUGGAAUGACCUGUCAUGUGAAUCUCAAAUGUACUGGAUGUGUGAGAAAAAAGCUUAACAAAGAUGUAUGUUUGGGAUCAUACAUUUGAUAAUGAUUUUACAGUGUAGUGUGUGUGUGUGUGUGUGUGU